CCUUUGCCAUGAACCAGCCUGCCUCUGGGGUUCCCCCACCACCCCGUCGUGUGCGGCUGAAACCCUGGCUGGUGGCUCAGGUGAACAGCUGCCAGUACCCCGGGCUUCAGUGGGUAAACGGGGAAAGGAAAUUCUUUUACAUCCCCUGGCGCCAUGCCACGAGGAGUGGGCCCAGCCAGGAGGGCGAUAACACCAUCUUCAAGGCCUGGGCCAUGGAGACGGGGAAGUACACGGAGGGGGUGGACGAGGCCGACCCCGCCAAGUGGAAGGCCAACCUGCGCUGCGCCCUGAACAAGAGCCGCGACUUCCAGCUCUUCUACGACGGGACCAAGGACAUGCCGCCGCAGCCCUACAAGAUCUAUUCCCCUCUUUCUGCUCAUCCUCCCUCUGCAGAGUCCCAGCCCAGCGAGGACUACGCUUUCGGUGCAGGGGAGGAGGAGGAGGCCGCGGAGGAGGAGGAGGAGGAGCUCCAGAGGAUGCUACCCAGCCUGAGCCUCACAGAAGUUGUGCAGUCCGGCCCUACUCUGGCACCCUAUCCUGUACCCAAAGAAGAUGUCAAGUGGCCACCCACUCUCCAGCCACCCGUGGUGCAGGGUCCCCCGGUUCCAGACCCCAGCCUCCUGGCACCUGCCCCUGGCAACCCUGCUGGCUUUGGGGACCUUCUCCCCGAAAUCCUGCCAGGCCUGGACCCUGGGUCCAUGGCCACCAGCCUGCCCUCCACCUGUGAACAACUCCUGCCCGACCUGCUGAUCAGCCCACACAUGCUGCCUCUGACUGAUCUGGAGAUCAAGUUCCAGUACCGGGGGCGACCACCCCGCGCCCUCACCAUCAGCAACCCACAAGGCUGCCGGCUCUUCUACAGCCAGCUGGAAGCCACCCAGGAGCAAGUGGAGCUCUUCGGGCCCGUGAGCCUGGAGCAAGUGCGCUUCCCCAGCCCCGAGGACAUCCCCAGUGAAAAGCAGCGCUUCUACACCAACCAGCUGCUGGACGUCCUGGACCGCGGGCUCAUCCUCCAGCUCCAGGGCCAGGAUCUGUACGCCAUCCGCCUCUGCCAGUGCAAGGUGUUCUGGAGUGGGCCCUGCGCCUCAGCCCACAGCUCCCGGCCCAACCCCAUCCAGCGGGAGGUCAAGACCAAGCUGUUCAGCCUGGAACAUUUUCUCAAUGAGCUCAUCCUGUUCCAGAAGGGCCAGACCAGCACCCCACCACCGUUCGAGAUCUUCUUCUGCUUUGGGGAGGAAUGGCCUGACCCAAAACCCAGAGAGAAGAAGCUCAUCACGGUCCAGGUGGUGCCGGUAGCAGCAAGGUUGCUGCUGGAGAUGUUCUCAGGGGAGCUUUCUUGGUCAGCUGACAGUAUCCGCCUACAGAUCUCAAAUCCAGACCUCAAAGACCACAUGGUGGAACAGUUCAAGGAGCUCCAUCAUCUCUGGCAGUCCCAGCAGCGCUUACAGCCCCUGGCCCAGGCCCCGCCAGUGCCAGGCCUGGGUGCUGGUCAGGGGCCCUGGCCCAUGCACCCAGUUGGCAUGCAAUAAUGAGACUGUGGAUUGUGGCUGGCCCAGGCUUUUUGGGUGACUCUGUGGACUGAUGGGCUGGUGAUGGCCCCAGUGGGCACCUGGUUGACUGUUGGGUCAUAUCUCUGGAUCUCCUGGAAAUGGAUUUGGGCCAACGAGGAGCAAAGUAGCCCAAGUUCCAGGUUCUCCCUGUUGAAGUUGAAGGAAGAUGGAAGCUGGCUUUGAUUUGGGGACUCUUCCUGGACCACUAGCUCUGGUCAGCUGGCCCUGGGGGACUCAGCCAUCAGCACCCUUGAGCAGGGAAAGACCCUCCACUCUGGGGCCUAAUUAUAGGGAGGGAAUUGCCUUAGAGUGGCCCAGUCUGAUGGCUGCCCCAUUUCCUCUGGCAAGAAGUGCCAAGUGCUGUGGGCUGCAGUGCCCUAGCAGGGCCUCUGCAGGGCAUGGGUCUGAUUUUGGGGUUCCCUGAUUUGAGACUCACCUCCUCACUUUUCUCCCACCUGAAAUAGAAAAGAGCACUUAGGUAUUACACCAGGUACUUAAGGCUGGCAGCUACCUCCCUUCUUGAAAGUCUGAGAACCUGGGGGAGAAAGUGGAAUUUAAUGUAUUUUUGGAUUAAUAAAUGUUAAAAGCAGAUCCAGCUGUUUCUUUCCUUUUUCCAAUACCAACUUCUUCCAGACCCUGCUUCUGAUGCCAGCUGGCCUUUCCCCUAGCACUUGCCCACCAUUUCUGCUCUUGAGACGGAGGGCCUGCCUUCCAGGCUGAUGAGUCACCCAGCUGGCUUUGCUUUCUAGGAGGAAGCUGGCUGAA